AUGUCCCUCGAAACCAACUCCGCCCUCUCCCUCUCCAUCCUCACCUCCCUCGGCGGAGUGAUCGGCUACGCGCGCACCGGCUCCGUCCCCUCCAUCGUAGCCGGUCUCUCCGUCGGCGCCCUCUACCUCUACAGUUUCCAGCGUCUCCGCUCGGGCCAGGCUUACGGCGACGAACUGGGUCUCUUGGCCUCCAUUGUCCUGAGCGGGAGCUCCAUCCCGAGGGCUAUUAAGACCCGCAAGCCGGUGCCUAUUGGGUUGAGCUUUGUGGCUAUUUAUGGGCUUUUGGUUUUCGGGAGGGCUGUUCUGGGGAAGAAUUGA